AUGAAACAGCGCAUGAUGAGGAAUCCCAUGACAAAAGCUAUUGCCAAGGUGGAGAUUGUAGUGAAACACGGAUUUUCGCGCCGUAUAUUUCGCAUGAAGGUGGCGAUGGAACGAACAGGUUGUUCAGUGGCUAAAUUGGUUUUCUGGGAAAUCAAUUCGUCCUGCGGUUCAUCUGGACCGGCGAUUACAAUUGUAAUGGGGAGUGCAGAAAAGAGGGCGAGCAGCUUAGAGGGGCACAUUUUUGAAGGGAAGAACAAUAGAGUCCUCUGUGUCACGGAGAAUGCAAACUCAAAUGUAGAAAUUGUCAAAUAUUCGGGCAAAUAUUGCAAACUUAGUAGACGUGGUGAUGGGUAA